AUGAAGAUCUCGUACUUGUCCGUUGGGCUACUCGCCCUCUUUAGCCCCUUGGCUGCUGCUUGGAGCAAAGAAGAUCGAGAAAUCUUCCGCAUCAGAGAUGAAAUCUCAAAGUACGAGACCGACCCGGCCGCCAACUUUUACGAUAUUCUCGGCGUGCCCAACUCUGCUUCGCUUGACGACAUUACAAAGGCCUAUCGCAAGCAGACCCGAAACUUGCAUCCUGACAAGGUCAGACAGUCAAUGCGAUCCAAAGCUGAAAAGGACAAGAAGUCGGGCGCAAAGGUCAAGCCUCCCACCAAUGCUGAGAUCAGGACCGCUGUCAAGAAGGCUGGCGAGGCCCAGGCCCGUCUCUCCCUCAUUGCCAACAUCCUCCGUGGCCCCGAGCGUGACCGUUACGACCAUUUCCUCUCCAAUGGCUUCCCUCUCUGGAAGGGCACCGAUUACUACUACAACCGAUACCGACCCGGCCUGGGCACGGUCAUCGUUGGUCUGUUCCUCGUUGUCGGUGGUGGUAUUCACUACCUCACCCUCUACAUGAGCUGGAAGCGUCAGACCGAGUUUGUCGACCGCUACAUCAAGUUUGCCAGGGAAACUGCUUGGGGUGGUGGUCUCAACAUCCCCGGCGUCGAGGCUGCUGCACCCGCCCCUGCUCCCGCUGCGCCCGAGAGCGAGGAGGAAGAGGCUCCUCCUCUGCCCCAGAACCGACGAGAGCGCCGCAUGUAUGAAAAAGCACAGAAGCGUGACGGUGGCAAGCCUGUCAAGAAGACCCGCCGAGCCCAGGUUCCUUCUGGAUCCGGAACUGCUACUCCUACUCCCACUGCUGGUCCUACUGGCGCUCGAAAGCGUGUUGUUGCUGAGAACGGCAAGAUUCUCGUUGUUGACUCCCUUGGUGAUGUGUAUCUCGAGGGAGAGGAUGAGGAGGGAGAGGUUCACGAGUACCUCCUUGACCCCAACGAGCUUGCUAAGCCUACCAUCAAGGACACUGCUGUCUUCCGUGCCCCAAUCUUCCUUUUUAACAUCACCGCUGGCCGCUUCCUCUCCAAGAAGUCCUCCGACCUUGAACUAGAGCUUUCAGGCGAUGAGGAAGACUCUGACGUUCCCCAACCUACUCCCAGCACUGACUCUGCCGGCGAGGACUUCGAGCUUCUUGACAAGAGUACUGAUUCGCUCAGCAAGGCCAAAGCAUCUGGCGCUUCGCAGGGCAAGGCCAACAAGCGCAAGGGUAAGAAGAGGUAA